AUGGCGCGCACCACCGGGACCGUGGGCGCGUCGGCGUCGGGCGUGGUGGAGGGACGCGCGCGAGGCGAGGGCGACGGACGGGCGAGGGGGGAUGACGCGGAGACGCCGAGGAUGCAAAGGCGGAACGAUUCGGAUGAGAAUCUGUUCGUUCGCGACGACGUGUUGCGCGAGGAGGGGGUGAUGCGAGAGCGAGAGACGAUACGAAUCGUGCGAGAGUGGACGCGAGAGAACGCGCCGGGAGAGAAGAGCGGGUUGACGUCGGUGUGGAGGUACUGCGCGCUGGAGCUCGGAUUCAGGGUGGGCGAACGCGAGGACGACCCGGACAUGUCGCACGCUCGAGAGCGCGUGUUCGACUUGUUGUGGUACAUACCGUUGGAGUUGGAGAAGUUUUGUCUGUACGGGGGGUUGCUGUGCGCGGAUGCCAUUCUCGGGUUGUUCACGUCGCUGCCGGUGCGCGUGCUGUCGCAAACCGUGCGUUUGGUGUGGUCGGCUGCGACGCUGACGAGAAAUGAUAACGCUUCGUCCAAGAGACGGGCGUGGGGGAUUCAUCCGUACGCGCGCGAGCAUCUGAAUGACGUUCUUUGGCUGCUCAUGCUCGGUAUGGCGGUGACGUACACGCACAUGAUCGACGUGAGCGUGAUUUAUCACUACAUUCGCGGGCAGGAAGUCAUCAAGCUUUACAUGGCUUGUCACGUCCUAGAAACGUUCGAUAAGCUGCUAUGCUCGUUCAACAGUAACGUAUUAGACGCGUUACAAAAUAGCGUACAUGGGUGCGUCAACUCAGCGACGAACGGAUCGGUGGUGGACCAAGCGCAGUCCGCGCUCAGACUCAUCGUGGACAUUUCUCUAUCCACCGCCGCGACGGUUGCGCACACGUUUAUCUUGCUCACUUACGCCGUGACGCUUUCGGUGGCGAUAAACAGUCACAGUAAUGCGAUCUUACUCGUGCUCAUUUCGAACAAUUUCGCGGAGAUGAAGGGUCACGUGUUCAAGAAGCAAGAUCCAGAGAAGUUAUUCGGCGUCAGCCGACUGGACGUGAUCGAACGCGUCCACCUGUGCGUAUGUCUUCUGUUCGUCACGGCGCAGAGAAUCACUGCGGCGGGGAGUAUUGAAGUGGCGUUGACCCGAAAGUUCAUGAACGAUAUCGUCCUCGUGAUGGGUUCGGAGGUGUUCGUGGACAUCAUCAAGCACUCCUUCAUGGCGAAAUUCAACGGCUUGCGUCCAGGAGUUUAUCGACGUUUCUAUAGACAAAUCUGCCGCGAUCACGUGCACUUGAUGCAGUCUUACAAGAUUCAUCAGGUCGUCGGAUUCGUACCGCUCGCUCCAGCGGCGGUGAUCGUCCGAGCGGUACCGAGUCUCUUCCGAACGCUGAAGGAAGGAGCGAUCGAGUCAGACACGCUCACGAGAGGGAACCUCAAUAAAGUUCUCGCGAGUUUCAGUACGCUCAUGGUGAGUCUGGGAUUCAUGCUCAUCCUGGUUUGCUUCAAGCUCAUGUUUGGGAUCGCGAUCCACGCUUGGGGCGUGCGCUCGCUCUCAAAUUCGUCGAAAGUGACGCCAAGCGCCGAGCGCUGGGGCGCGAAGACACCAGGGAAAAUUGAACCGGGUAAGGGACCAGUGUACGUUCCAAGUUCACCACCGCGAAUCAAAGUAAACUAG